GAGAGCCCAGAUUCUGAAGCUCAAACAGUUGCUUUAUUUGUCUCGGCAGUCCUCGCUCUUCUCGUAUUUGCAGAAACGCCCCUUCGCCGCUUUGCUUCCUCUCCGAUUCCGGCGAGGCCUCAAUCCCAUCCCGUGACAAUCCGGAACAUUGCUCGUGUCUUGGCGCGGCGGCGAUGGGGAAUCCGAAGCAGAAAUGGACGGCGGAGGAGGAAGAGGCGUUACGCGCCGGCGUCGCCAAGCACGGCGCCGGGAAGUGGAAAAAUAUCCAGAGAGACCCUGAGUUCAACCACCUCCUCUUUGCUCGCUCCAAUAUUGAUCUCAAGGAUAAGUGGCGGAAUUUGAGUGUUGCUAGUGGCCAAGGGCUGAGAGAUAAACCAAAGGCAGCAAAGGGGAAAGCCAAUCCUGCUGAAGCUCCUGCUGCUCCCCUGCCAGCUGCACAGACAUCGGGCUCUGCUGCUCCGUCGUGCAAGGGUGCAUCUACAGAUGUAGCCAUGAUGGAUUCUUCAAAGCCCUUGCCUGAGGGGAUUGGUGCUGCCAAGUGUACUGCAAUGAUAUUUGAGGCGUUGUCAACUCUUAAUGACCUAAAAGGUUCCGAUUCUAGUGCAAUAGCCAGCUUUAUUGAGAAAAGGUACGAGGUACCACAUAAUUUCAGACGGUCACUGACUUCUAGAUUAAGGACACUGGUGCAACAAGACAAACUAGAAAAGGUUAACAAUUACUACAAGAUCAAAAAUAGUGCAGCUCUAGACACGAAACCACCUGCCCCAGUCCCUGCGCCUGCCCCUGUACCUAGACAAAGAGACGUGCAGCCUAGACCGAUUCAGAGCAUUGGGAACCUUGCUGAUACAGUGGAAGAAGCAGCAGCCUCCGCUGCCUACAAAAUUGCAGAAGCUGAAAACAAAUCAUUUGUUGCUGCUGAAUCCGUGAAAGAGUCCGAGAGAGUAGAUAGAAUGGCCGAAGAAAUGGAAUCACAACUACAAUUUGCUAUGGAUUGUUACGAACAAAGUUCUCGCGGCGAUAUAUUGCUAAUUUCAUAGGAAUUGUUGCUGCUGUGGAGGCAUGAAGGUAGGGUGUUUUGCAGUUCUAUAGUAAAAUCAUGCUUUAGGGAUCCUGAUGUAGUUGGAUAGAUAAUUUACUAUUUAGGAUUUUCAAAUAUUUGUAUUGUUUGUGCAGUUUCAGUAGGUGUAGCGCUUCAUGUUUUAGGCAUUUUGAAAGGUCAUUUACAACAUGAAGUAUCUAAUGAUUGAACAAGUUCAACAUGAGUCGUACCAUUAAAGUAAAUGGGUUUAUAUUAUUAUUA